AUUUGUUUCUGAUCUCUCUCUCUUCUAGCUUGGUUUUUUUAUAAUGUGGACAGUAUUAGAAAUAAACACAUGUCAGCACAUGUUAAUAUAUAUAUUAUAGGUUAGCAAGAUUGGUUCUUGAAAAGUUCGUUUUCUUUGUAAAGUAAGUCUGGAAUUCUAUAAAUAGCAAAGCUCAUUUCUUCUCUGUAAUAAGUUGAACGAAUUACAUUUACCAGAUAUACAAAGUUUUCUUCUUCUCUAAUUGUAACAGAAAGUCGGGGUGGGAGUUGCCUGUAAUGGGUGCCUUAAGAGAGUGGGCUAAUGGCAGAUGAAGAAGGUAGAGGAAGAGAAGGCAGAAAACGUCAAGUCAAACCUGCGUUAUUUUUUAGCUUUUGAGUGGUGCUAGAGGCUUAGACAGAGGUUUGGUGUAGUGGGUGUACGUCUUUGAUUCUAAAUGCUCUGAUAUAUGGAUACCAAAGGAAGACUUGUUGCGGGUUCUUACAACAGAAAUGAGUUUGUUCUUAUCAAUGCUGAUGAGGUUGCCCGAGUGACAUCAACUAAAGAAUUGAGUAGGCAAAUUUGCCAGAUAUGUGGGGAUGAGAUAGAGAUCACAGUUGAUGGGGAGCCAUUUGUCGCUUGCAACGAAUGUGCCUUCCCUGUGUGCAGAACUUGCUAUGAGUAUGAAAGAGGAGAAGGCAAUCAGGUCUGCCCUCACUGCAAAAUGAGAUACAAGCGCAUAAAAGGGAGUGCUAGAGUUGAAGGCGAUGAAGAAGAGGAUGACACUGAUGAUUUGGAGAACGAAUUUGACAUUGGAGGCAAUGCUCACCAAAUUGCAGUUUCCAUGCACUCUACUCAUCUUAAUGUCGGCCGAGGUUCCCAAGUCAAUGGAUCAGCGAUUGCCACACUAUUAGAGCAGGAUUCUGCCUCUGUUUCUCCAGAUAUCUCUCUCCAGACCCAUCGUGAAAAGGAUGCUGGAAUAUCAUCUGAUAAGCAUACUCUUAUUAUUCCCCCUUAUAUGAGUCGUGCAAAGCGGGUCCAUCCAAUGCUAGUUUCUGAAUCUGCUUCCUUUCAACCCAGACCUAUGGAUCCCAAUAAAGACUUAGCCGUAUAUGGAUAUGGGACUGUUGCAUGGAAAGAGCGUAUGGAAGAGUGGAAAAAGAAGCAGGAUGAAAAACUUCAUGUGGUUAAGCGCCAAGGAGGAGGUGGUGGUGGAAACAAUGCUGGAGAAGUGUUGGAUGAUCCUGAUUUGCCCAUGAUGGAUGAAGGCAGGCAGCCACUUUCAAGGAAAUUAUCAAUUCCUUCAAGCAAGAUAAAUCCAUACCGAAUGAUAAUUCUUCUCCGAAUUGUGAUUCUUGGCUUCUUUUUCCAGUAUAGAAUUACCCAUCCAGUCAAUGAUGCAUAUGGAUUGUGGUUAACAUCAGUGAUUUGUGAAAUAUGGUUUGCUGUAUCUUGGAUAUUGGAUCAGUUUCCGAAAUGGUCUCCGAUUAUGCGAGAGACAUACCUUGAUCGAUUGUCCCUGAGGUAUGAGAAAGAAGGAAAGCCAUCCGAAUUGGCUAAUAUAGACAUAUUUGUAGGUACGGUAGAUCCGAUGAAAGAACCACCACUUAUCACUGCAAAUACGGUUUUGUCCAUCCUUGCUGUAGACUAUCCGGUUGACAAAAUUACAUGCUAUGUCUCGGAUGAUGGUGCUGCCAUGCUUACUUUUGAAGCCCUCUCUGAGACAUCAGAGUUUGCACGUAAGUGGGUCCCAUUCUGUAAGAGGUUCAACAUUGAGCCACGAGCCCCAGAAUGGUAUUUUUAUCAGAAAGUUGACUAUUUGAAAGAUAAAUUGAAUCCAACAUUUAUAAGAGAACGGCGUGCAAUGAAGAGAGAAUAUGAAGAGUUUAAAGUUCGGAUUAAUGGGUUGGUAACCGUGGCACAAAAGGUUCCUGAGGAGGGGUGGACAAUGCAGGAUGGGACUCCAUGGCCUGGGAACAAUGUCAGGGAUCAUCCUGGAAUGAUCCAGGUUUUCCUUGGUCAAAAUGGUGUUCUUGAUAUAGAAGGAAAUGAAUUACCUCGCUUGAUUUAUGUAUCUCGUGAGAAGAGACCAGGAUUUGAUCACCACAAAAAGGCUGGGGCCAUGAAUGCUUUGGUAAGGGUCUCAGCAAUUAUAUCAAAUGCUCCUUACCUCUUGAAUGUCGAUUGUGAUCACUAUAUAAACAACAGUAAGGCACUUCGUGAAGCUAUGUGCUUCUUGAUGGAUCCUACAUCUGGAAAGAAAAUCUGUUAUGUACAAUUUCCUCAAAAAUUUGAUGGGAUUGAUUGGCAUGAUAGAUACUCCAAUCGGAACGUUGUAUUCUUUGAUAUCGAUAUGAAAGGAUUAGAUGGGAUCCAAGGACCAAUUUAUGUUGGAACUGGGUGUGUUUUCAAUAGGCUGGCACUCUAUGGAUAUGAUGCGCCAAUGAAGAAGAAACCUCCUGGGAAGACAUGUAAUUGUUGGCCAAAAUCGUGCUGCUUCUGCCAUGGAUCUAGAAAGAAGAACAAGAAAAAGAAGUCCGAUGACAAAAAGCAGUUGAAAAACAGGGAGGCUUCAAGUCAGAUGCAUGCACUAGAGAAUAUUGAGAAGGGAAUUGAAGGAAUAGAUAAUGAAAAAUCAUCCCUAAUGCCCCUAAUGAAAUUUGAUAAAAAAUUUGGACAAUCGCCUGUCUUCAUAGCUUCUACACUAAUGGAAGAUAGAGAGGUUCCAAAUGGAGCAAGUUCUGCAUCUCUAUUGAAAGAAGCAAUCCAUGUCAUUAGUUGUAGUUAUGAAGAUAAAACAGAAUGGGGAAAAGAGGUUGGGUGGAUAUAUGGCUCUGUUACCGAGGAUGUACUAACAGGCUUCAAGAUGCACUGCCAUGGCUGGAGAUCAGUGUAUUGCAUGCCAAAAAGGCCUGCAUUUAAGGGUUCAGCUCCUAUAAACCUUUCAGAUCGACUACACCAAGUUCUGGGGUGGGCCCUGGGAUCCGUUGAGAUUUUCUUCAGCAGACAUUGUCCGAUAUGGUAUGGAUAUGGGUGCGGCUUGAAAGGGUUGGAGCGCUUUUCUUAUAUCAAUUUAGUUGUUUAUCCUUUGACAUCAAUUCCUUUGCUUGCUUAUUGUACCUUGCCGGCUAUCUGCCUCUUUACUGGAAAGUUCAUCAUUCCGGAGAUAAGCAACUAUGCUAGUCUUGUUUUCAUGGCCCUCUUCGUAUCCAUAGCUGCAACUGGUAUCCUUGAGAUGCAGUGGGGAGGAGUCAGCAUACACGACUGGUGGAGGAAUGAACAAUUCUGGGUUAUUGGCAGUGUCUCAUCACACCUAUUUGCUCUUUUCCAAGGCUUGCUUAAGGUUUUGGCUGGGGUUAACACAAACCACACCGUUACAUCUAAAGCUGCAGACGAUGGAGAGUUUUUUGAACUCUACCUCUUCAAGUGGACAUCUUUGUUGAUCCCUCCAAUGUCCUUGCUGAUCAUAAACAUAAUCGGAGUUGUAGUUGGGGUCUCAGAUGUCAUCAAUAAUGGUUAUGAUUCAUGGGGUCCACUCUUUGGUAAACUGUUUUUUGCACUAUGGGUCAUUAUCCAUCUUUACCCAUUUCUUAAGGGGCUGAUGGGGAAACAGGACAGGGUUCCCACCAUUGUUGUGGUCUGGGCAAUCCUCCUAGCAUCAAUCUUCUCCCUUUUAUGGGUCCGAAUCAACCCGUUUCUGUCAAAAGGCGAUAUUGUACUAGAAGUUUGUGGUUUGGAUUGUGACUAAGAUGCACAACAAAGAAAAUUGAAGUUGAGUUCUAUGCCAACAGCAUUAGUAGGCUAAGGUAUUUUCUGAUCAUAGAUAAAUAUAUUGCAUGACAUGGUGUGGUUUGAAUGAAAACCAUCUUCAAGGCUGCAAAUGGGUAAUCCUUGUUGGGUGUAUGUAGAUACAAAGGAUUGAAAGGAUAGGACCUGGACACUAUAUUUGUUCUUCAUAAUUUUUCAUAGAUUCUUUUUCGUACGUGGGAUUGUGGGUUGGAAGGGUGAUUAUGUUCUGAUGAUCUCUAUGUAAUAUCAAAAGAUGAUAAUAAAAGGUUAAUUUGAUCUA